AAGAAGAGGAGGAGGAGGAAGAAGAAGAAGAAGAAGAAGAAGAGGAAGAAGAAGAAGAAGAACAACAAAAUGGGUCCUAAACUUGAAGAUUUUAAAGUUUUAUCAACAAUUGGGAAAGGAUCGCACGGAACUGUGAGAAAAGUGAGACGGCUGAGUGAUGGACAAAUUCUGGUUUGGAAGGAAUUGAACUAUGGAUCGAUGACAGAGGCUGAGAAGCAGGGUUUGGUGUUAGAGGUGAACUUACUACGAGAACUACACCACCCACACAUCGUCCGUUUCUUGCACCACAUUGUCUGCCGGCGCACCACCACGCUCUAUAUUCUGAUGGAGCACUGUCCGGGCGGCGAUCUGAAGCAACUUGUUCACAAAUGCAAAAAAACCGGCUCAUUUUUGCCUGAAGACUUCAUAUGGAGGGUCGUUAAGCAGAUAUGCGAGGCUCUCAAAACAUGCCACACACACACCACACCAAGGUCAAAGGUCAUCCUCCACCGUGACAUCAAGCCAGCUAAUGUCUUUCUCGGCCCGUCUGGUGAAGUCAAGCUUGGUGACUUCGGCUUGGCGCGAACUUUGAACUCUGAGACGUCCUUCGCGAGCAGUGUUGUCGGCACUCCUUACUACAUGAGCCCCGAGGUGAUAGAAGGGCAGGAGUACAAUGAUAAGAGUGACAUGUGGUCCUUGGGGUGCCUUGUGUACGAGCUGUGUGCCCUGCAGCCUCCCUUCCUGGCACCCACACACGCCCUGCUCGCCGCCAAGAUCAAACAAGCCAGGUACCCGCCCAUCCCAGUGCACUACAGCUCAGAACUACAACAAUUGCUUAAUGACCUCCUCACUUACAAACACUUCAUGAGACCUUCUGCCCUCAUGUUGUUGCAUCACCCCUCCCUCACCUCUCGCUUUCCUCCUCUCUCUCACUCUCUCUCCCUCUCCCUCUCCAUCGCUGGGGGGAAGGAGGAAGAGGAGGAGAAGAAGGAAGAAGUGAAGAGUAAGGAGAUAAUGAGGAAAUACCAACAAACGAAGAAGAAAAGGAAGAAAAACAAGAGGAGACCAGACUCACACCACCAACAGUAACAAAACACUCCAAACUUUCCAAGCCUGCCACACGCACCACACACCUGCGCCACCACCACUGACACCACACCUGGAACCACACACUUUUCAUCUACCUACCACAUCCCUACCACACCUCUGGACGCACAAGGGGGGGCGGGGGGAGGGUGUUUCUGCAAAGGUAUGACGGAGACAGAUUGGCGGGAGUAUGUGGUUUCGAUAAGGGAGAAGGAGGUUUUGGUGAGAGAAAGAGAGAUAGCGGUGAGAGAAAGGGAGAGAGAGAUAAGUGAGAGGGAGAGAAGAGUUGUGGGUUUGGAGAGAGAGGUGAGUGGGAGGGAGAGGAGAGUAAUAGCCAUGGAAAAGGAGGCGAGGGAGCAUUUGAUAAGAGCUCAGAUAUUUCUUAAAAACACGAGGAAUAGAAAAGUAAGCAAAGAUGAUGCUGCUGAUGGGAAAUGGCAAGCGGAUACGGAAACUGAAGGGAAAAUUGAGAAAAACUUCACCUCCAGACGAGAACUGAAUGGAGAAAGUGACGUGCAAGGUUGCCCAAAGUUUGAAAGACAAGAGUCAAAUUUUCGCGCCCAAACCGAAACAGAUUUUCACCCAAAACUAGACCAAAACUUUCCUUCAAAAACGGAACCGAAUUUUCACCUUAAACCGGACAUGAAAACUGAGGAAAACCCAAUAAACCAGAAUGAAAAAACCACAAAACAUGACCUGACCUCUCAAAACACGACCCCGAUGACCUUACAACCCCUCCAGCGACCUGACACCGACUCUGACCUUGACACGACCUUGAGCGCUGGGCUGGAUGAAACAGAGAAGGUCACCACUGCGCGCCCUGACCCUGCAGUACUCCGGAACCCCUUUUUGGAGAUGAGAUCAGGUCACAUGAAGCAAGUGACCUUUAUGGGGAUAGGAAACAAGAGUGGUUUUAAGAGCAACACACUAGACAAUCCCAAAAGUAGAAAGAAAAUGGAUUGUGUGUUUGUAUUGAGGGAAGAUCACGCUGGGCAGGAUGUAAGGUCAAAGGUCAUGUGUGAAGUCGAGGGGGGAGAGAAAGAUCAGGCAAUUAAGGUGAAAAGGUCAGAUUUAAAUGCAAAACUGCUAGAAAACGGAGAUAAGUUUUCAGAUUUCAAACUUAGAAGGUCAUUGUCUGAACUUAAAGGAACGGACGGGAGAGAGAAAGGUCAGGAAAUCAAAGUAAAAAGGUCAGUUUCAAACCCAAAACCAACGGAAAAGAAGGAAAAGGUCACGGAAAUUAGACUAACAGAGAAAACCAACACAAUGGGGCAGGAAAGUCGGAUGAAAAGGUCAGAUUCAACCAUAAAGCGAGAUUCGAAGUUCAAAAGGUCAUACUUGGGAGCAAUGCGGGGCUCUUAAGGGACAAGGAGAAUCAGUGUGAAGGUCCGGCCGUCCCUAACUUGAAAAAGCCUCUUGUGACGCAGAAAGCUAAAGGAACACUGGCAGGCCCUCGAGUGUUGCAGUAUUACAAUGUUGUGUGAUGCCUUUACCUAGCGCGUGUCUUGUUAAGUUAAUUGAAGCGUAUUAUUAUUAUCAUUAUUAAGAUGUCUCUGUAUCUAUAUAUUUUUUCUAUUUGCAUUCUCUUAUUUACAUUCUUUUUUUUAAUCAAUUUCUUUAGCUUUUAGAUUUUUUUUUAUGUUAUUUUAGGUGUAUUAGUAUGAUUGAUACAUUUAUUACUGCAUUAAUUAGGAAAUACAACAAACGAGGCUGCCGUGGUACAGUGAACCCUGCGCGCUUUGAGGUCCGAGAGGUCUCCAAGCGCACGGGUUCAAAUCCUGUCCACGGUCCGAGUGUAGAUAGGCUUCCUCACUCGGGGCAAUGGUUUCCUAGCGGGUGGGGUUUGAGAUAGGAGGUACCACAAAAACUACCCCCCUUUUUACCCCAGAAAACCCCACAUGGUAGAAAUUAAAGAAAGAAAAACAAAAGGAGGAGGAUGGACCUAGCCCCCCCUCCCCCCCCUGGACAAAGACAUAAGGGUAGGGUAUCACCAAUAUAAGAAAUAGACAUUACACAUUACAAGACUAUAAGGAAAUGAAAUAAA